GUCAUUGACAUCGACAACGAUUCCAACUACAAACCACUAAAGUGAAAAAUUUGUCAGUCACAAAAAAUUUCUAAGUUCCAUUUUUCUCCUUCUCUUUGUUUCCCUUCGUUUUGUAACUCUGCAAAUCCAUUUCUCAGAAGUGAUAAAGUUAAACUCUUUUUCACUUCAUAAAUGAGCAUGGGAAUGCGUAUGACAGAUUGGUACUAUGGUGUGAUAGGAUGUCCUUCAACCAGAAAAAAAAAGUAUUUGUUUCCCGAUUUCCGUGGAAAAAUAAUGAUAAAAAAACUCAAUUUUUAGUUUUGGGUGUGAAUUUAAAAUAAUAUUAGUUGGAUAAUGCCAGCCAAGUAAGAAUUAGAGCUAGUUUGGUACUUGUGAGUAUCAUCAGUGAAGUGGGGUUAUUGUGAACUGUGAAGCUUUCUUUUUGAAUUUGAGAGGUUCCAGAUCAUUCUUCAUUCUGCUAUUUGGCAAGGUCUCGCCUGUUUUACUUACUGGUUGAAAUAUUGUGAUAGAGGUUUGUGUAACACUGCAAAUUCUCCCGUGGACCUUGUGCAUUUGAGUAAUGUUGCUCGAGUAACAUCAUCCUGAAGGCAGAAGUCCUUUGACAGGUGGACAUAUUAAGUGGUUGUUUGGAUUUGAAGUUUAAUUUUUUAAAUCAGGAAUUCCUUGCACCAUAAAGAAACUUCCAGUAUCCCUGUAUUUUCGAAUUGUUGUCAGAUGUCAGAAACUGACUUGGCAGUUAUUAAACCUGAGAUGAUGAAGCCGUAUGUAUGGCUUCAGACUUCAGAUGAUUCAAUCCAACAAGUGGAACAAGAAAUUGCAAUGUUUUCCCCACUGAUAUGUCAAGAAAUAAUACAAAAAGGCAUGGGAUCUUCCAAGAAUUGUGCAAUAUGUCUUCCUCAACAAGUCAGUCCUGCCAUGUUGAGCUUAAUUCUCGACUAUUGUCGUUUUCAUCAAGUACCAGGCCGCUCAAACAAGGAACGUAAAUCUUAUGAUGAGAAAUUUGUUAGGAUAGACACGGAGAGGCUUUGUGAGUUGACAUCUGCUGCAGACAGCCUUCAGUUAAAACCUUUGGUUGAUCUUACCAGUCGUGCACUUGCUCGAAUAAUUGAAGGGAAAACACCAGAGGAGAUACGUGAUAUAUUUCAUUUGCCUGAUGAUCUUACAGAGGAAGAAAAGUUGGAGCCCUUGAGAAAUAUAACUGCCGACCCAAGGAUCAGACUUUUGAACCGUUUGUAUGCCAAAAAGAGAAAAGAACUAAAAGAGCGCGGAAGGUUAAAGAAUGUUGAAGUUGAAGAAGAGCAUGUGGAUGAACGUUCUGUUGAUGACCUUUUGUCUUUUAUUAAUGGAAAUGAUGGAGUUCCGCUUUUGAAUUUCUUACUGGAGGCGAAGAAUUUUGUCGCAGAUCCAAAGGGAGUUAAAACAUCAAAGAAUAAAAAGAAGAACCGGAGGAAAAAAGAGCAACAGAAGAACUCUUCUCUGAAGGAGGCAUCUGAAAUGAACAAAAAGGAGGUAAAUGGCCAUGAUAUCAGACAUCAAAGUUCUGAAGCUGAGAGAAUUAGCGAGACCUCAUAUUUACCCUAUGCAGAAGAUGACACAUUUUCUCCUAAGGUUGAGUUUGAUGAUGGUGAUAUAGAUGAUGAGAUUGAUCCUGCUUUAAAGGAAAAAAUUGACAGGGAAGUGGAAGAUUUUGCCCGCAGAUUAAAUUCUGACUGGCCAGAAAGAAUGCAAGAACUUUUAUCUUCAGGGCAAGAACGGAAGACAAUGCUUUUUACUACAGAUGGUUUUCUAAGGCGACAAGCUUGACUGGACUUAGAAUGGAAUUAUGGAAAUGAAUCCUUACCAGAGGCUUCAACAAUUUUGAGAGAUGCUGGCAAGAGCAAGAAAAGUUUUGCAUGUCAGUUGUUUUUCUUUUUUUGCACUUCCGAUGUUUUACUCUAUUCUUUGCAGUUCAUUUUUGGUGCGCAAUUUUAUUCUGGGGACUCUUGUACUCUUAGGUAAAAAAAAAAAAGCUCCUAGUUUGUAUGCAAUAGUAUACCUUUAUUUUUGUGCCUUUGUAAUUUUGCAUAUUUAUUUGUAUUACAUUGAUUUUUUUUAUAGGACAUUUGGUGUGGGGUAAGGAUAGGAUUAAUCUUCACUGCUUCGCUAGUAAAAUUCACUUAACAUAACGCAUGAAAUUCGGUUUAUUGAGUUUA